AAGCGGGCCCACACGAAUUCACUUCCUAUUCCCGCGGCCUGCCAAUAUUUGCAUUCUUCCAUUUUAUAAUAACGCCCCCUCCCUCCUCCUCCUCCCUCGCACUCAAUCUUCCUUUAUUUUGCGGGUGUGCCCAUAUACAUACAUACAAUAUAAUUGUACAUCGUCUUUGUCAAAUCUGCCGGCCGGCGAGCGGCCAUUCUUCUCUUCUUCAUCAUCGGUCACCGGAGAUCUACAGUGAGUGAUGACGACGGGGAAUGCUGCUGCUGCUGCUACAUCCAAGCCUAGAGAUGAACGAUCGUCAGAGGAGAGAGCAAUCGACGAGUGGCUUCCGAUCACCUCCGCAAGGAACGCCAAGUGGUGGUAUUCCGCUUUCCACAAUGUCACCGCCAUGGUUGGCGCCGGUGUCCUUGGCCUCCCUUACGCCAUGUCUAACCUCGGAUGGGGACCUGGCGUCUCGGUGAUGGUGCUAUCUUGGAUAAUCACUCUCUACACGCUGUGGCAGAUGGUGGAGAUGCACGAAAUGGUCCCCGGGAAGCGAUUCGACAGGUACCACGAGCUGGGGCAGCACGCCUUCGGCGACAAGCUCGGCCUCUGGAUCAUCGUCCCCCAGCAACUCGUGGUGGAGAUCGCGGUGGACAUCGUGUACAUGGUCACCGGAGGCAAAUCCCUCAAGAAGUUCCACGACCUCGUCUGCGAGGACUGCAAGAACAUCAAGCUCUCCUACUUCAUCAUGAUCUUCGCCUCCGUCCACUUCGUGCUCUCCCACCUCCCCAACUUCAACUCCAUCUCCGGGGUCUCUCUGGCCGCGGCCGUCAUGUCCCUGAGCUACUCCACCAUCGCGUGGGGGGCUUCGGUGGACAAGGGGGUGCAGCCCGGCGUGGACUACAGCUACAGGUCCUCCACCACGACGGGCACUGUUUUCAACUUCUUCAGCGCGCUGGGUGACGUGGCGUUUGCGUUUGCGGGCCACAACGUGGUGUUGGAGAUCCAGGCCACCAUCCCUUCCACGCCAGAGACCCCUUCAAAGGGACCCAUGUGGAGGGGAGUGGUCGUUGCUUACAUCGUCGUGGCUUUGUGCUACUUCCCCGUCGCCUUCAUCGGAUUCUGGAUGUUCGGGAACCAAGUGGAAGACAACAUUCUCAUCUCGCUGCAGAAACCUGUGUGGCUCAUUGCCAUGGCCAACCUCUUUGUUGUUGUUCAUGUCAUUGGAAGUUAUCAGAUCUAUGCAAUGCCGGUAUUUGACAUGAUAGAGACGGUGCUGGUUAAGAAAAUGAGGUUCAGGCCUACCUGGUACUUGCGUUUCAUUACCAGAAACAUAUAUGUGGCACUCACAAUGUUUAUUGCCAUUACCUUUCCCUUCUUCGGCGGGCUUCUUGGUUUCUUUGGAGGAUUUGCUUUUGCCCCAACAACAUACUUUCUCCCGUGUGUGAUGUGGCUUAGCAUUUACAAGCCCAAGAAAUACAGCCUUUCUUGGAUCACAAACUGGGUUUGCAUUGUUCUGGGAGUCGUAUUGAUGAUCAUAGCUCCCAUCGGCGGUCUACGAACCAUCAUCAUACAAGCCAAGGACUACAAGUUCUACUCUUAGUUAUUAUUAACAACGCCACCUCCAUCUGUCUCUCAACACUAAAAUUUAUACAGAUAUCUAUACAUAUAUACACGCACACAUAGGAAACCAAAUGCAUUUUCCGAGGGACUGGACUUGUGAUGGUUCCAAAUCCGCAGUGCUUACACGAGAACUGUUUAAUGUACAGAGGAAGUGAUUAUCACCCGGAAACGAGGAAGUCUGUCUGUUUUUUUCUUGUACUCUACUCUUUUCAUCAAUACAUAUAUGCAUGCACUGAAACAUGCAGUACAGAAGAUGUUCUUUUUAUGGUUCAAAAUUAUUUGUAGAGUUACAAAGUUGUAUGUGGGGAAUUGAAGUGAAUUUAUUGGUAUA